UGCUCUUGUUGUAAACACAGCGAUGUCAACAUGACGAUAUGAAAUACAAAAAAUGCGUUUAUAUGUGUUAACGGGGAUUUUUCUACUUAACAGUCGAUGCAGAUAUUUUUGUUAAAUUCAAUAAUGGAGGUGAACGGCUACCACUGUGACGACGAGGGAUGUAUGGAGGAACAAGAGGAAGAAAUGACAGCGCUCGGGCUGCCUCGACCAAAGACCGAAACGACAUGCAGCAUAAUUGCUACACCGGGUGCGGACAAUGCAGCGGGUGGCGGCAGUGCACACAGAGAGCAGCGAACAGCAAAAUCGACUCCGGCGCUGCUGAGGCUCGAUUCGCUGAAGAAGAAUAGGCCGCGUAGCUUUCCCAUGGUUUGGUAUGGACAUUGGUGGCACAUUGGUGAAACUGGUCUACUUUGAGCCAAAAGACAUUACAGCAGAGGAAGAACAGGAAGAGGUUGAGAGUCUGAAAAGCAUCCGCCGCUACCUCACUUCACACACUGCCUAUGGCAAAACUGGUAUCCGAGAUGUCCACCUGGAGCUAUCGGAUCUCACGCUUUGGGGCCGCAAAGGCAGUCUGCACUUCAUCCGCUUCCCCACUAAUGAGCUACCUGCCUUCUUGCAGAUGGGGCGAGACAAGCACUUUUCCAGUUUGCACACCACCCUCUGUGCCACCGGAGGUGGUGCAUUUAAGUUCGAAGAUGACUUCCGUACGAUGGCCAAUCUGCAGCUGUUGAAGCUGGAUGAGUUGGACUGUCUGAUCAAGGGGGUUCUGUAUAUUGACUCGGUGGCCUCAGGUGGUCCAACUGAAUGUUACUAUUUUGAGAACCCAACGGACCCAGAGCGCUGUGAGCAGAAAGCAUACAACCUGGAGAACCCCUAUCCUCUGCUUCUGGUCAACAUUGGCUCAGGGGUCAGCAUUCUGGCUGUAUAUUCCAAAGACAACUACAAGCGUGUUACUGGAACCAGCCUUGGUGGUGGUACAUUCCUUGGACUGUGUUGCCUGUUGACUGGAUGCUCCACUUUUGAGGAGGCAUUGGCAAUGGCCACAGAAGGGGAGAGUACACGUGUAGAUAAACUUGUCCGGGACAUCUAUGGUGGCAACUAUGAAAGAUUUGGCUUGCCAGGAUGGGCUGUUGCCUCCAGUUUUGGGAACAUGAUGUGUAAGGACAAAAGAGACUCUAUCUCUAAAGAAGAUCUGGCUAGAGCUACACUUGUCACCAUCACAAACAACAUUGGCUCAAUCACCCGCAUGUGUGCACUUAAUGAGAAUAUUGACAGAGUGGUGUUUGUUGGGAACUUUCUGCGAGUUAACACAUUGUCCAUGAAGUUGCUGGCUUAUGCUAUGGAUUACUGGAGCAAAGGACAACUCAAAGCCUUAUUCCUCAGACAUGAGGGUUAUUUUGGUGCAGUUGGUGCACUUUUGGAAUUACCAAACCAAUGCUGAUCUGCACUAAUCAUCCUUGGUUCAUGGCUUUUACCAAAAAUCCAGAAGUAAUUUUGAAAACAGACCAAAGUUGCCUUUAACUGUUGUCAGACCAAGCCAUGUUAUCUCAUUAAUAUGUGGAAUUACAGCCACUGCUAGACAUUAUGUAACUAUGGGUUAAACCAUUUGGAUAAACCACAUGUAGAUAUGAGUUUUAGGUAUUGCUGCUGCAGAAUUGCUAUUUAGAACCUUUAGUUUACUAUACACUUAUUGAGCACUUUAUUAGGAACACUAUGGUCCUAAUGAAGUGCCAGAAGUGGUCUUCUGCUGUUGUAGCCCAUCCGCCUCAAUGUUCAACAUGUUGUGCAUUCUGAGAUGCUGUUCUUCUCACCAUAAUUGUACAGAAUGGUUAUCUGAGUUACCGUAGCAUUUAUGUCAGCUCGAAUCAGUCUGGCCAUUCUCCGUUGACCUUCCUCAUCAACAAGGUGUUGCCGUCCACAGAACUGCCGCACACUGGAUUUUUAUUUUAUUUUGCACCAUUCUGAGUAAUUCUAGAGACUGUUAUGUGUGAAAAUACCAGGAGAUCAGCAGUUACAGAAAUACUCAACACCCCUAGUACUCCCCCCCUGUCUCUAUGUCUUGUUUAUAUAACUGAUUCAAUAUAAAUGCAAAAUAAGUAAAUGUUGGGUAUAAAAAUAAGAGCAGUCAUCGAUUUCCGUUGAUACUCUUCAUUCAGUCCACUUGGCUUAUAUUAUGGUUGUAGAAAACCAUUGUUGUGUUACUUGAGAGAUUUUUGCAAACCUUUUGGCCUAAUAUUUGGGAGGAGUACAAAAAUGUUAAGCAUUUACACAAGGGAAACUCCUCUCUAAAGAGUUUGCUCUUACGUUGCAUAAAGCAACGCACACUGUGCACUGUUACCUAUUUUCUCUUUAUAGUCCAUUGAUGUAUUAUUUGCGUAUUGCUUAUGUACGUAUAAUAUGGAGUUUGUUCUUAUAAUAUGAUUUGGUGAGUGUCAUGUUAGUUAAGAAUGUUGUUAGUUUAAAACAUGGAUUGUGUUCAAUAAAAACUCCUUUGUAUCUUUUUUUAUU